ACCGACCCGACUUGAUUGUUCUACGCGUAAUUUGACUUCAGAUAGCGAUAGCGGGCUGAUAACGAGUAAACCACAUUAUUCUUAUUUGAAUGCUCUAUAUAAUAUUUCUACAGUAUUAAGUAGGACGUGCGUUAUGUAGAAGGUAUGAGUGAGUAAUUAUUGCUCACAAUGAUGAUACACUCGAAUGUAAUUUGUGUUAAUUUAUUUAAAAAAUAUAUGAAAAAUAAUUCAUAAAUAUCACAUUUGGAAAAUAUAAAUUUGAAUUGGCUAAUCAUAUUUAUAGAUGUGUAUAAUUCUUAACCUGAAGAUAAGAUUCUGCCUGAUAAAAUGAUAAACCAAUUAAAUCAUUGAUGAACAGUGUUUUAGUUUCGCCAUUGUAUUCAUUCGAUCUACUGCACAAUUGUUACAAUAAAAAUGGCAGGGUACAUGACAGUGGCAUUAGUUUUAAGUUUCCUAGUGAGCUUCGCAGUGUCUGAUUGUCCUAUAGCUCGAGAAUGUGUAACAGACUUAACGCCAGAAGACUGCGAAGCAGAUCUUAUGACCUAUGUCCCGAAUUCGGUGGUCGAAGGCUGUUGUCCUGGAUGCCAGUUCAACCCAGGAGUAAACCCCACGCCGCCUACUGAAGGUUGUCAAGCACCAGCAAGCUGUCUGCCGGAUGGUCAAUAUGCCCCAGUACAAUGCAAGGGAGACUUGUUCACGGGAAGGUGUUUCUGUUCCGAUGGAGAUGGCAACAGAAUAUUUGGACAAAUGUGGAAAAAUGAGGCGCAAGACAUGACAUGCGCGUGUAGCCGUAGAAGGGCGGAACUGGAAGCAGCCAGCAACAGGGGUGUGACGCUCCACUGCACCGCGACUGGGGACUACGAGCCGCUGCAGUGUGACAACGGCAUGUGCUGGUGCGCGCAGCCCAAGACUGGCCAGCCUACCACUAUACCAGUACCCGAGGCUGAGAUGACUCACCUACCUUGUUAUAAUCCAGCAGUUCUUGGAGAACAGUACUUAAGGAGAUGUGAAAGCAUCAUCCACGCUUUAGCCACUAUUAACAAGGAACAAUCUGACCAUGGCACCAACUUCCUUGGCCUACCCACUACCUACUGUGACUAUGACGGAAGCUACGGUCCUUAUCAAAUCCAAAAUGGAAUUGCCUACUGCACCGGGCGGGACGGUGAAAUCCUAGGAUCUUGGCAGGCUAUGUCGAGUGAGAUGUCAGGCAUGAGGUGUAAUUGUGCUCGUGAUACAGCAGUAUAUUUCCCGGAGGCUGGGAAGACUUUGACAGAGGUGUGCCAAGCGAACGGCAACUACCAGCCACAUCAAAACGUCGGGGAUAUUUACUAUUGCGUGGAUGCCGACGGCUAUAUCACACCAGAAGGGUUCAUGAAUGAAUGGCCAGCAGACAGAUGUGCCAGUUACGCUUAAUUUUAAAAUAUAUUUUCAAAGUAACAUGAAUACAAAAAUUCGAACAUUUCAA